AUGAACUUUCGUGAUGUGGCUGCUACUAGCCCGUUUGCUGGCUACAGCUUGCGACAUCCCAUAGAAGGCAUCUCGAGCUUUGGGCCUACCCUCAAUGAGGCCACCUUCGGCCUACUGGGCUCCUCCUUUAAGCCCGAGCGCGACAUCGCCAGCCUGGAUAGCAAGGUUGUCCUGGUCACUGGAGGCAACACUGGCCUCGGUAGAGAGACCAUCAUCCAGCUAGCCAAGCACAACCCGGCGCGCAUCUACUUGGCUGCGCGCACCGAGAGCAAGGCGCGCGAUGCCAUCGCUUCUAUUCAGUCCGAGCUCUCCUCGCCAGUCGAUAUCCGCUUCAUUCCCUUGGAUCUAGCGUCCUUCAAGUCCAUUCGAGCGGCAGCAGAUAUCUUCCAAUCAGACAGUGACCGUCUCGACCUUCUGAUCCUCAAUGCAGGUACAAUGGGCAAUCCGCCCACCAAAACCGAGGACGGUUUCGAAAUCCAGCUAGGGACCAACCACGUGGGUCAUUUCUUGCUCAAUAAGCUCCUUCUGCCCACAUUGCAGAAGACCGUUGCGCAGCUCCGCGCCAGUGGAGCGACUCCAGAUGUGCGCGUCGUAACUCUGUCAUCUGCAGCCCACGUAAUGAGUCCGACCACUUUCGAGGGGAUCACAUCUACUCCGUCGCUGCUGGCCGGUAGCACCUGGAACCGCUACGGGGCUUCCAAGGCGGCUAAUAUCUUCUUCGCAGCGGAGCUGGCCCGCCGGUAUCCCGAGAUCCUUUCGGUCUCGGUGCACCCGGGCGCUGUCAAUAGCGAUCUGUACUCUCACGCUAAGGCUUCUGGCUCCUUCAUGAAGCAUACUUUGACUGUCGCAGCAUCAUUCUUCUUCCGGACCGUCCACAGCGGAUCUCUGAACACCCUUUGGGCAGCUGGUACUUCGCGAGACAACCUGGUCAACGGUGCAUAUUACACACCUAUUGGACUUCGUGCCAACGGCAGCGACUUUGUGCAAGAUGCCAAUGUCGCCUAUAAACUUUGGGAGUGGACGGAGGCUGAAAUUGCUGAGCGGAUCUAA